AUGAAUUGCGUGUUUAUUGAAACAUGUGAAUCAACAAUGAAUGAAGCCAAAAAACUUUGGGAAACUGAAAAAUGUGAAAGUGGGUGUAUUGUUUAUACUCAUAAUCAAACUAAAGGGAGAGGAAGAGAAAAUAGGAUAUGGCAAAGUGAUAAACAUGAUAUUUUAUUCACAUUUAUGUUUCAGACUCAAACAGAAGAAGAGUUAAGAAGAAGUGGAAUAGUUUCAUUACUUUCUUUAUGUUCUGUAUUGAAGGAAAAGUAUGGGAUUCAAGUAUUUGGAAAAUGGCCAAAUGAUGGAUAUGUUAACAAUAAAAAAUUAUUUGGAAUAUUGAUUGAAGCAGAAUGGAAAAAUAAUAGUUUUUUAGUUAAUAUUGGAAUUGGAAUUAAUUUUUAUAAGAAAGACCUUGAUUGUUCUAUUAGUCUCAGUGAAAUUGGUGAUGUUUCUAAAAUAAAUGAAAUUGAAUUAAUGGUUUCAUUUAGAGAAAAGUAUUUUGAAUUAAUAAGUCAAAGUUAUCCUAUUUUACUAAAUCAUUUUAAGUCUAUUGAUUUCUUAAAUGGAAAAAAGGUUACUCUGAGACCUGUUUCUAAUAACUCUUCAUUAAUUGCUAAAGAAUAUAACGGAAUAAUUGUUGGUUAUACAACAGAUUGGAAGGUGUUAAUUCAGACUGAUCAUGGAAUUGAAACAUUUGAUAGAGAAGAAAUCGUUCUUUAA